CAGUCCGCACUUCCCAUCACACACACACAACUAGGAGCAGACACUUCUCCCUUCUCUGCUUAUUUCUUCUUCUUCUUCUUCCUCUUCUUCAUUGAGGCCAUGAAUACGACCAAAGGACAGAUCCUUGUUUCCAUGGUGUUAGUGUUUCUGGUAGUAAGUGUUAGUCAAAGUGAAGGGUCAGUGAGGGAAGAGGAAGAAGCCGACAGAAUAUCAGCACUUCCAGGGCAACCCAAAGUCUCUUUUCAACAGUUCUCUGGCUAUGUUAUUGUUAACAAAGCUGCUGGUCGAGCACUCUUUUACUGGCUUACUGAGGCUGCCAAUGACCCUUUGUCUAAGCCUCUAGUCAUCUGGCUCAAUGGAGGUCCUGGUUGCUCCUCCGUGGCAUAUGGUGCUUCUGAAGAGAUUGGCCCAUUCAGAAUUAACAAGACUGCCUCAGGGUUAUACCUCAACAAGUUCUCAUGGAACAACGUGGCUAGCCUAUUGUUCUUGGAAACUCCAGCUGGGGUAGGCUUCUCUUACAGCAACCACAGCUCCGAUUUGUUUGAUACCGGCGACCGUCGAACUGCUAUAGACUCGUUGGAAUUCUUGAUCAGAUGGCUUGAUCGAUUCCCCCGAUACAAGAACCGUGAUAUCUAUAUCACUGGUGAGAGCUAUGCUGGCCAUUAUGUGCCUCAGUUGGCUAGACAAAUCAUGAUUUACAAUAAGAAGUCCAAGCACCGAAUAAAUCUCAAAGGAAUAAUGGUGGGAAACGCAGUCACAGACAACUAUUAUGAUAACCUUGGGACAGUGACAUACUGGUGGAGCCAUGCCAUGAUCUCUGAUAAAACAUAUCAGCAACUCAUCAACACUUGUGAUUUUCGAAGGCAGAAAGAAUCAAACGAAUGUGAAUCAUUGUAUACCUAUGCCAUGGAUCAAGAGUUUGGAAACAUUGAUCAAUACAACAUAUAUGCACCCCCUUGCAAUAAUUCAGAUGGUAGCCCUUUCACCAGGCAGACUAUGCGAAUGCCUCAUCGACCACAUAGGAUUUUCAGGGCAAUAUCAGGCUAUGAUCCGUGCACAGAAAAGUAUGCGGAGAUUUACUACAACAGGCCAGACGUGCAAAAAGCACUCCAUGCCAACACAACCGGAAUUCAUUAUAAAUGGACUGCUUGCAGUGAAGUUUUAAAUCGCAAUUGGAAUGAUACAGAUGCAUCUGUUCUACCAAUUUAUAGGGAAAUGAUUGCUGGCGGCCUGAGAGUUUGGGUUUUCAGUGGUGAUGUAGACUCAGUGGUUCCAGUUACAGCCACAAGGUAUUCCCUUGCACAACUGAAAUUAACAACCAAAAUUCCCUGGUACCCUUGGUAUGUAAAGAAGCAGGUGGGGGGCUGGACCGAGGUCUAUCAUGGGCUAACAUUUGCAACAGUGAGAGGGGCAGGUCAUGAAGUACCACUUUUCAAGCCGAGAGCUCUUCAGCUAUUCAAAUCGUUUUUGAGAGGGGAACCCCUUCCAAAGUCUUGAAAUGAGGGAAUAAAAGAAACAGCAAAAGGGAAGGGAGGAAAAAGAUGUCUCCCCAACUUUAAGUACCAACUUCUGUACUGUUGUUGUUGAGGACGGCAAUUAUGUCAUUUGUAACCACUGAAAAAUCAGUAGAGAGAAAGUUUGGUUGUGUAAUAGAGGGGGGGAAAAGGGGGUAAAUGGAAUGAAAGAAGGUUUUGGUUGUAAGUAUGCAUUUGUCUGAAUCAAAAGUUGGUUGGAUAAUCAAAAUGGAAAAGUAUAGGCUUUUAGCUUAA